UACGCCAGGCAGUGGGCAGGAUUUACUUUGCAGGCACCGAGACUGCCACACAUUGGAGCGGCUACAUGGAGGGGGCUGUGGAGGCUGGAGAGAGAGCUGCCCGGGAGAUCCUGCAUGCUGUGGGGAAGAUUCCGGAGGAUGAAAUCUGGCAGCCAGAACCAGAAUCUGUGGACGUCCCUGCUCGGCCCAUCACCACAACCUUCCUGGAGCGGAACUUGCCCUCGGUGCCUGGCCUGCUGAGGCUGAUGGGACUCACCACUGUGUUUUCAGCCAUGGCUCUUGGCUUCCUGGCCUACAAAAGGGGAUUGCUUGUGCGGGUCUGAAAAGAGGGCAUCUUUGUAACCACACCUCUUCUUAACUCUCUGUAGGUUGUAGGUUUGGGGAAGGGGCUGGGAUGAAGAUCCAUCAAUACAGAAAGAACGCAUAGCAUGGAGAGGAGCAUAAAGCGAAGUCAGAGCAUGAGCACAGGCAACCCACUACCUCUGUCUCCAUUUAGGCCCCUAGUUAGUGACUCGGCACGCUAUCCCAUCCAUCUUCAAGAUUAUCGCCUUUGUACUUAAUUAGCCUUGUUGAAGGUCCUGCCUGUCCCACAGCAUACCUUGCCCAUGUACAAUCAGUUUGCCCCUGCCACCUUUAUUGCUCUGUGCUUAACCCUCCUACUUGUAACACCCUCGUUUUUCCAAGAAUUCUAUGUUUGUCUUUAGGAGCCUAGACUGUUAUAGCUGGGGAAUCUAGCCCUCACUUUCUGUUUUAGAAUUGAGCCAACUGAAAGUGACAGAAGUGGAACUUAAGCAGUCACUGGUAUUUGGCAGGCUACAACACAAGUACAGGCCUUUCCCCAUUUCCCAAGAUGUGCAACCACUUCCCUCCACUCCCUGCUGUGAUUACAAAUGUUGCGUCCUUGGAUGGGGUUGUUCUGAACUAGGUGAUCUUAUGCUGUCCAAAUGCUACUCAGUGUAUCUCUCUACAUCUUGUUGUCUUGUGCAGCGUGCCUCCAGAUGAGUUUAAUUGUUUGAAGUGUAGGAAUCCUGGCUUUCCUUCUUUUUCUGUCCUCCACUAUAUCUCAACACGAAGGUCAAAACAUGCUUAGUAAUUAAAAAUAAAAUUGAU